CGCGUGAGAACAGGAACGAAAGACUGGGAGUUGUUAUCGGUGUUCACGUGCAGUUCUGGGUUGUGUUGCUGCUGUUUCAGACGAGGAUUCGCGAUCGACGGUGGCCACUGAUGCACGUUUUGACAAGAAAAACGAGUGACUCUUCGACUGAUGGAUCGAUAAUGGACUCGAUCCAGGGGCCAAGUAGAGGUGCCAAGUAUGUGACGUGCUGACACCCUUCCUCUGUUGGCCUCUUACCAAGUCCGUCAGCAGAAAGAGGAGCUUUGCAGUUGUCAGCUGGUGCAGGCGCAGGAAGAAAAAAAAAGUCCUUCCAAUGUCUUUAGUAGAGGAUGUUCUGGAUGUGCUGCACAUGGUCCUGGAGUACUUUGGAGUCCCUCCAGACAUGCUGGUUCCAGUGUGGGCCAGUCAGCUGUGCGGUCAGUAUCGCAGCAUUGUGCGGAUGAUUGGGACAAAUCUCCCCCUGACACCGGCGGCACGUGUCCACUUCCAGAUCCCUCUGCUCACCCACAGACCCCAUGGAUAUGUUGACGUCACCGUGGACGCGCCUGCCAUCCCCUCGCUUGCUGACGUCCUGUGGGUGUUUGAGGACGAGGGGGACAGCUGUGCUAAGACCAGGAACCAUCUACCUCCGAAGAAGCAGAGCACUGUAAAUCGAGAUGUGGCGAGACACCCAGGGCCGGCCCCGACUCGAGCCCAGAGAGGAGGCAGAGCUGUAAGACCGGCGACUGAACCAGACGCCCUGAAGAAGAUCACAGCACUGGAGAGUGAGCUGCUCAAACUGCGAGCUCAGAUAGCCAUGAUUGUAACCGCUGCUCCAGCCUCAGGUCUAAGAGAGAGCCAGAAUACCCCGGGCACGCCUCUGAUGUCUCCUCCCCCUCGGCCAGCUCUCACCUCCACACCUCGCUGUGCUGCACCUCCACCACCGCCUCCUCCUCCUCCUCCUCUUCCUCCUCCCUGCCCUGGCGUCUCCACUGACACUUUGUCUGUAGCGGAGCUGAUCCGCCAACGCAGGAAGCACGAGAAAGACGCUAACGGUCAGCUCAAAUCUGAGGGCUCGGGCCUCACGAGCGGUUCGGAAGCUAAAGGGAUCCCCUCCAUGCUGGAUGUUCUCAAGGACUUAAAUCAAGUUAAAUUGCGCUCGGUGGACAGAUCACCAGGGGGCACGCCAGUCAGGAGGAGACGCAGUAAGGGAAGGGGAGCGCUGCUCAGUGACCCGGCAUCUCUGAUUGCAGAAGCCCUGAAGAGAAAGUUCGCCCAGCAUCGCCAUAACACCUCGUCUGACAAAGAGAAUUCACUAGAACUCUCGCCUUUCGGCAGCCCCGAUUCACCUAAGGUCCCUCCCCACACCAGACGCAGUCAGGGACACCGCCACCUGUUGUCCCGAUAACAGUGUACCGCUGAACUUGAGAGGUCAAACGUAAGACGGCCCACCAGCCAAUCGCAGCUAGCGCAGAUAUUUUUAUUUUCGUCCUGUUUUAUAAGAGUGCUCGAUACUGUGAUGUAUGUCUUUGUUCGGAGGUUUGAAUGUGUAUUUGUGUUGAAGCUAAUGCUGUGAGCAAAGAAGGUACCGAUGUUUUGUUUUCGUAAAAUUGCAGUCUAAUGUUAUUCUUGGUGAUAUGUUUGUGUGCAGAACUCCUUUUUAAAGGAGAUAAUGUAUUUGAGCAGGUAUGCACUGUAGCCUUUUCCUUCCUGCCCUCAUGUCUCUAAAAUCACUUUGUGAGAUCUUAAUCUCAACCAAGUGAAAUCAGCAACAUGUUUUUUAGAUUCACCUUAGCUCUAUUCUAUGCAACUGCUGUUUCAGGUUAUUUUAUUUUGUCAAAGUGUUCAAGUGCACUGUCCAAUUUUUGUUGUUGUUCUUAUGUUUCUGUCGAUAGGUCAGGUUGUGUCCAAAUCCUGUUCAGGUUUUAAUUUUGGUUUUUUUUGUUUUUUUUACAGAGGAGUGCAAAACAUUGUGCAUAUGACGUCCUUUUACAUUGUUGCAUUCAUGGCCGUUUUUAAGCAUAGGUGUGCUAGGAGUCGGCCAGGCACGAUAAAGAGGGGGAAGAAAUCAGUUUUCCAUAGACAUUAAAUAAUAUUAUCCACACUGCAGAUCAGGCUCAAGAAGUAUUACAUAAGCAAGACAUCCAUCAUUGAAAUCCCUGUAUCUCUGCAGAGAUGUGAUAGAGACUGGACACUAAUAGAUGGUCAGAAACUUUUCAAUGAUAGAAUCUCACAGGGAUAUUGAUAAUCAAAUUUUUUACAUCAGCGUAAACCAGAUUAAAUGAUAACAGAGAUUAGCUGUCAUUCAUGUUUCUAAUUUAAAGAUAAAGUUAAUGAUAUGAUAGAAACCAGUUGGGUGAAGUUUGAGUAAAGUUCCCUUUUAAAAUAAUUAAAUAUGAUAAAAUUGUUUGAGCAAAAGAUUAAUCAACUCAGGGUCCUAAACCACCAUGUCUAAAAACGGCCUUGACUUGCAUUACAUGUUAUUGUUCCAUUUUUGGAAAAUUAAUGUCUUGUUCGUUCAACUAUGGAAUAAAUAUUGGUAAUUUUCUGACAAAA